UCAUUUCAAGAAACGUUCGUUAAAUAUGAGUAUAAUUUAAUAUACAUUUAUAUUUCUUGAUUCCUUAAUUAGACAUGAUGAUUUUUGCUCAAAUAACACUUAUUUAAGAUGAUAAAAUUAGAAUAUAAAUAUAAUUUAUCAUGUAUUCAGAGAUCCGUCGAUAUAUUAAUUUUUUUUAAAAAAACCUUUUCAUGUCAGUGGCGUAGCCACAUACUAUCAAGAGUGUUCAAUUGGACACCCUUCGUCAGAAAAAAAUUAGCAUAUAUACAAGUAAAUUGAUAAAUGAAAUGAUUAAAUAACCUAUUUUGAACACCCUUAAUAUAACAAAUCGUUAUUUCUAGACACCCUUUAAGAAAUUUCUGACUCCGCCACUCUUCGAACCCUCAUCCCCUUUUCCCCAACUAUAUAUAUUAUAAUAAUUGCCCACAAACUCUUAGUGCUAAAAAGCUAUAAUCAUUUAAUAUUGUCCACCCCAAAAUUGUUCUAAUACCUACCAAAAUACGUCACAAAAAAAAAAAAACCACAAAAACACCUCUUUAAAUUCCAUUCAUUCCCCCAUUGGCCUAAAGAAAGAAAAAAAAAGUUUUAAAAAACAUUGUCCACACAUUGUUAGAAAUCGAGAAAAAUUCAAAGCAUAUAGUAUAAACUAUGUCUAGUGAAAAAUCUAUUCUUGAAUACUCCAAUUUAGCCAACAACAAUAAUCCAAAUUUCUAUUUGAUGUCACAAAAUUGGUGGUCACAAGUAGACAAUAAUACAAUUUUUCAUCCAAUUUCUACUAAUUCAUCUUUGUCUUCAUGUAAUACAAAUAGAAGUUCAUCAUGUGAAGAAGAUGUUAUAUCUAUUUCUAAUAAUAAUAAUAAUAAUGGAAAUAGUGUAACAAAUAAUAAUAAUAAUAAUAAUCUUCAUCAAUAUCAAUUUCUACUUGGUGUUGAUGAGAUUAAUAAUAGUUCUUUGAUUAGUGGAGAAAAUAUUGCUGCUAAUUCUCAUGAUCACAAUCAACAUAUUUGGAGCCAACUUCUCUUAAGCAACUCUACUACUAGUGGAUCAAGUGGGAGCAUUAAUACUAAAAAUCUAUUGGAAAACAAUAUGGAGAUGAGUUUAUUAGAUCAUGGAUCAACAACAACCUUAAUCACCUCUAAAUCUUGUUUUGAUCAAAAUCAAUUAGCUAAUAAUCAUGAUGAUGAUGAUGAUUAUACAUUUCAUCCUUAUAGUAAUCUUCUUGGAAGGCCACUAAAUUAUUAUACAAAUAAUAAUAAUAAUAAUAAUGAUAUGGACUCUAUGUUUCCAAUGAGAAGUGAUCAAAUUGCUCAUCAUGAAGAAGUGGAUAAUUCAAGAAACUUGGCUAGUAUUUGUUUUGGUGAUUAUUUAAACAAUAAGCCAUUGGUGGACUUUAAACCAAGUCUCAAAACUUUGAAUUUGGGACAACAUAAGAAGAAUGGACUCCAACAACCUUAUAUAAGCAAGUCUAGGGUUACACUAUCAACAUGCAACACAUUGAAGAGAAGCAAUGGAAGAUCACAAGAAUAUAAUAAUCCAAUUGAUGGAAAAAAGAGGAAAUUAGAAGAUAAUUUAGAAACUAAUUCAAAAAGGCUAAAGAAUGAAAAUUCUGACGUCACAUCUACAAAGACACAAAUUCCAAAAGUGAAACUUGCAGACAAAGUUACAGCUCUCCAACAAAUUGUCUCUCCAUUUGGAAAGACUGAUACGGCAUCUGUUUUGUGGGAAACAAUCAACUAUGUUAGAUUCUUACAAGAGCAAAUACAGCUACUAAGCCAUGCCUACAUGAAGAGCAAUACAUGCAAGGAAAGGUAUUGGGGAGUAUUUGAUAGAAAAGAAAUUGAUUUGAGGAGCAAAGGACUUUGUUUAGUUCCCAUUUCAUGUACCCCUCAAAUAUAUCAUGAGACUAAUAAUGGAUCUGAUUAUUUAAUCCCAUCAUAUAGAGGGUGUUUGUAUAGAUAAUUUAUUAAGUAUUUAAGUUAAUAUUAUAUCGUCAGUGUAACGAAUUUUUAUAUACUAUGAUCAGAUUAUGUAAGUGAUAUUUAUAGCUAGGUAAGGUUCUUUAAAAUGUAAGUUCAUUAUGUUAUCUUGAAAAUGAAUUAGAUUAAUUAAUUAUUUGUUAUGGUUAUGACAAGUAAAGUUGAUAAU